UAUUACCUUUGCCGAUUAUUACCAAUGUGAUUUCUCUAGAAUAGUUUCCGUCUCUUUACGUAAAAGUGCACUAGUCUAGUUUUUUUUUCGUUCUAACAAUGCUUCUUUAAUAAAGAUACAGUGACUUCAUUUAAAGAACUCUUUCAUCAUACCUUUUCUUUUUCCUUUUCCUUUCCCACCUGCCUGUUUUACACAAUCAGAGGCAAAUAGAACAGUUUUUAACUAACAAAUGUAUAUUUACAUAUUUUAACUCAUUCUCAUGCAAAUAUAUUCCGAAAUUUUUGUUACGCACAGGAUGAAACUUUUACGGCUCUCGUGCUCGCACCACAAAGAUUAGGAGUUAUUACAUGACCUAACGUCUAAAUUUUUGUUUUGCAAGACUCAGUGGUGCCAAAGUCCAUCCAGUGUCCAGAAAAGCUGACGUCAAAUCAAUUCUUGAAGCUUGGCACGUGGAUUCAACGAAAACGCCGGUCGACAAGACUUCACGUUUACAACGUUUAAUUCCACCGCGUGGCUCAUUCAAACAAAUGUAAAUUGGUGGUGGGAGAUUAAGCAACUUAGCUCUGAGACACUCUGAACUUUGACAGAGAAAUGUUUGUGUUAUUGAGCCUCUUGGUGGGGACUGUUUUGUUGCAGUCUGUUUGUGUCGUCUCUGCAGGUAAGUGGAGGAUACGUAUCGUAAUAGUAACGUAUAGUUUAACUUUGGUACUUUCCGCGUUGAAGGGAGUCAUCAAGGAAACUGUAAAUUGAAUUAUCAUCAUUUAAUUCUAGGGAAGUGGCGAGAAACCCGAAUAAUGUCGAAAUCGGACUUGUCAGAAUAAACCUUACUUAAUUCGGAGUAAAAUAUCACCAUUAUUUCUCGAAUGUUGGCAACAAAAACAGGUACAUUUGCAUAAAACCUGAUCGAAACGCGACGUCUAGUUCUCUAGUGAUCUGAUUUAUUUUGAUCAUUGCUUUAUUAAGAUGCUUCUUUUGGAAGCAUACAUCGCCCCCUUUUGGAGGUUUAUUUCGAAAAUUUAUUACACAGAGCUUCUUGGGUGAAUGAUUGUUUAUCUUAAGUGACCUCGUUUAAAGACUCCAACUAUCGAACUGUAACGAUUGACGUAACAUACUCGUAAUAUCUGGUGGGCUUGCAAACAGACUGCAGGCAAAAUUCGAAACCAUUGGCAUAAUUCUAAGAAACAACGUGAUUUUAUGUUGCUCGAGACUGAUUGAUUGUUGUCUUCAAAAGCGAUCAAAUGAUAAUCAAUGUUUUCAUUUUCCAAACUUAUUUUGACCACUUUAAAAACGAAUAUAACAUAUUCAUUACUGACUAAUCUCAGCGAUCUUGCAGCAAAUACAAAUGCAUAUGUUAUCAAAUCAGAAAAACGAUUGUGAUGUUUUCCAGACAGAGAUUACAAUCAGCCUACUAGUUUGGCGUGAAUUUAGAAUCACGAUAAUUUCUUUUUUCGCUAGGCACCAGAAGGCGAGAUUUUAUGCUUAAGUGGACAGGUGAAACACUGUAAACCCAUUUCACAAAUCGAUUGGUAAUUUUCUAAAGACACAUUGUUUUUUCCAAAAUACUAAACUCAAUUUCGACUCUUUCCUAAAUCCCCCAGGCUGAUACAGCGCUGGUUUAUGGCCAAGCAGUCCUUCUCAACUUAUUUAUAUGCAAAUUAAACUGAAAAAUACUUAUAACAACAUCAUUAAUAUUUAACUGAAAAGCUCGACCUUCUAAGUGAGCACGAGGGAGGAUUUUAGAUGCCACAUCUUCACGAAUUCGUUUUCAUUUUCUGUAAAAGCUCGCCUUGACUUGUUUGUUUACAAACCUGUACAACGUCUUACUAACAAAAACUGAUUAGUCAAAUAAUAAAAACUAUCGAGGCGUUAAAAAUAUUCUUUUCUGUUAAGGGCUCAUUGUUUCCCCAAGGUCAGAUCAAUUAUUUUCCAAAGUUGUACGUAACGUGAAUCCGUUAGGUCUGUUCCGAUUGUGCUCGGAAACUUUUGAUCAACUUUUAGCGUUAAGAGCAACUCUUUGUAGUUCUACCAACCUCGAGCAACUUUUGCUUUCUGAGCAUUUUUUGAGCAAAUAUCGGUUUAGAGCACAUAACAAGCACACAAAUGUAUACGAUUUCAUAAACAACUGCAGUUUAUGCGAAUUUCAUGAAAUUUUUAUCAACCUUUUCAACACACAACCUGUGACUUGACAACGCUUCGCAGGCCUAUUGCGAUUCAUAUCUAAUGUUUUAACGGAUAAUCGGCUGAAAUGACGUUCAGCAAGAAUUGAACCAUGCGUUUUGUUCCGUUAGACUGAAGUAACCAUAAAUAUUGCCCAUGUUUGCGAGCAACUCUAAGUUUCAACCUAUUUUUCUAGACCUAUUUCCGCAAUUAUUGUGAAUAACGAAAAAUAAAGCUUUUAAUUAACUUUCAUAGAAAUAUAUCAAGAGAUUUAGGUAGUAAAUUUUGAAAUUUAGGUAGUAAAUUUUGAAAUUUAGGUAGCCACUUUUUGGAUUUUUGGCUAUUUUUUGGAAACUUUAUGGCAUUCCAGUGAGCAACUUUCCAGCAUUGUAGGAGCAAAAUCGGGACAGGUCUAUAAUCCAGACAAAUGACAAUAGCUCUUUGUAUCGAUCGACAAAAGCGUUGUGACAUAAACGUCUGGGAGGAGCGAUACACUGAGUGACAAACACACAUGUUUCUACGCAGAAAAAAAAUGAUACAGCCCUCGAAUUUGACAUUUUUGUAAAGAUGGGUAAAAAAUACCAUGCAAUAAGCGAAUGAUCAUGAAUUGUGUAUAGGUUCAUUCCGUAAGUGAUGAGCUUUUUUUUUCCAUCAAUUUAAAAAAAGUUGAUUGGACACCAAUAUACAAUAAGCUGAAUUAUGCUCGCCUACUGAUUGGCUCUUACCUAUGAUUGAUUGGAGGACGGACACAGAUAACGUCACCAUUAGCAACAUUUUGCUUUUCUAUUUCCGUGGGUCUGUACGGUAGAGACUUUUAGAUCCACUUUUGAUGUGUUCACCGCAAACGUCAAACCUCGGUCAGCAGUUUGUAGUUAGAAGUUAGAGGUUUCGAGACUUUCAGCUUUUAGAUCGACGUCGGCUUUCACCUGAAAAAAUCAACAUUUGCAUUGCCUUCUUGAAUUUUUUUAUUUAUAAUAUAUAAUAUUUUUAAUCAGCAUAAGAAACACAGGCCCCUUUCUGACGAAAAUGAAUCUCUUUCUUAAACCAACAGGUAAGCCUGAAAUUAUAGGUAAAGGAACGGCUGUUUCUACCAAGGAGGAUGACAUAGCACAUUUCACGUGCAAGUCACGUGGGAGUCCCAGGCCUUUCCUUCGAUGGGAGCGUCACGGAGUAACGAUUAAAGAUACAGAUGAAGGGGUCGCUGUUUUGGAAAAGAGUAAUUCCACUUUAGAAGAAAGUCAUUUAUUCGUUGCUGUAACUGACAAUGAGAGACGGGGGAUUUACAUUUGUGUGGCAAGAAACGAAGAAGGAGAAACAACAAUGUCUUUUAAAAUUGGUGGUACGUAUAAGUUAAACAUUAUUACGAUAUUUCGUACUGAUGCAUGGGGUGGAGUUCAUCCUAGUUCUGCUUCCCCUGAUGAUACAAAAACUGGGCUCUAUGGCUUUUGCUUAUUCAUUUUCCCACACACAGUUAAAGACAAAUGAACACUGUUGCAUUUUUAGAGCUAAACAGAGAAAUCUAAAGAGUCGCCGGCUGUUUACGGCGAUAGCAUCUUCCCCGUACUGUUGUCUACAUAUUUCCUGGGCUGCCAACAGAGAGUAUUGGUUUGACAAUCAAAAUAUUCUUAAGUUGGUGAUCAUUUCCUCUAUUCUCCUAACCUUAAUGUUUGAUUCAGGGGUGACUUUGUGGGGAGAAAUUAGAUGAAGUCACUCAUCUAAGGUCAGAGAACGGUUUUGUGCAGUUUGCUGAUGCAGCAGUUGGCUUGUUCCUCUGUCGACCCGAGUAGGUCAAAUCAAGGAUUGUUUACGAGUGUUGUCUUAUAGAAGCGUAUUUUUGUGAUUGUUUUUUUUUAUGUCAGAAUACCCCCUGGAGGGACUAACUUCUACGGACAAAGCUGCCAUUGGUAUAUCAGUUGGGUUAACGCUGUUCUUCGUGAUAUCCAUUGCGAUUUUAAUGAAGCGCGGAUCAAAACAGAUCAAGAAAUCUGUCCGGAGGCAAAGAGCAAGAACCUUGUCACAGUCUUCUUCUUCUCAGGUAAGCGAAGAGUAAGUAUGCCAACUACACCCCAACAUCAGUCAGAAUCUACAUUCUCCAAACAUUUCUGAGGGUGUUGACAAGGAGAAUUUGUUAAACAAUCAAGAACUUCCUUAGCUGAGGAUCAUUUCCUCAAUUCUCUUGACCUUCGUGUUUGAUUCAGGGGUGACAUUGUAAGGAGAAAUUAAAUGGUGGUCACUCUAAGAGGUAAACAGGUUAGAGGAUGCGUAAAUCUUACUAAAGGUUUUGGUGUUUAGUGUCGCUGAGAAUUUCGAAAGUUAUGCCGUAUUUUUAAGAGCCCGCGGCGAGGGUUAAAAUACAGACAAUAAAUGAAAAUAAUCAGCGAUACUUCACACUAAAACUUUGAAUCAUUUAUUCUCAUCCAACCGCUUCAUUUUAUUCACGCAAGUGUAGUCUGAUCACCCCUUUAAACGCUAUUGGAGACGACUGAUUCCCACUCCGUUGCCCCUGAAAACCAUGUGAUCCUACGCAAAAACCUCCAACCCCCACCCCCCUCAGGUGAUAAAUAAUGGCAGGUUCCUUGAUCAAAAUACAUUAAUCAAACAUGAGAUACUCCUACACCUCCGAACCCCCUGAAAACCAUGUGAUCCUUCCCAAAAACCCCAACCCCCACCUCCCUCAGGCGAAAAAUAAUGACGGUAUUUAGUCCAAAUACAUGAAUCAAAGAUGAGACUUGAAGUAAAAAGUUAACCCUGCGUUAGACAGAAGAUUUAAUCAGACCUCCGAUCCUAGGCUAAGAGUAGUCUUUCUUACUGAAUUCAACUGCUUGGAAACGCGUUGAAUCUGGUCGUGGAAACAUCAUGGUUGCGUUUACCGCUCUGUCACUGUCAAGUGCGGAAGUCCUUUUUUAUUUCUUUCCUUUAAACCCCUAACGUUCUGGUCUCUCUUACUUUUUCAGGGUGCGGAACACGUUGCCCUAGUGCACUCCACGCCAAAUAAGGAUAGCGAUAAAGAAAUUAGAAACGGUGCACCAGCUCAUCAUGAUCCAGACGAUGAUGGAGCUACAAGUCUUAAUUGCACAUCGACGGUGUGAACCAAGAGACAAGUAAAUGGGUUUUAAACAAUUCACGUCACGACCAAGCUUUCACGAGGUUUUACUCAGACUAAACGUAAUGGGAAUCUCAUUCGAUGUAGUCGUAGCAAUAUCCGCUUGGUGAUUGGAACAAGCACUUUCGCCUGUCUCGUUGGUUUUGUAGUUACGUACACUAGAUAGAGGUACUUGAGUAAACCUGAAGAGUGUAUAAUUGUGAAACUAAGAAAAGACCAAAAAAGAAGAAGGCACUUUCUUUGCCUGUUUUCUCUUCUUGGUGUCGCCUAAAUUCAUUUGGCGCUCUGUCUCCGUGGCUAUUUUUUUUUAAUUUGAAAAGCGGUUUCUCGUGUGGUGGUUUCCAUUUGCUACUUUUUUUCUAAAUCGAUUUUGGAACAAUUGUCAACUGAUUGUAAAGAGGAAUCCAGGAUUGCUUUGUUUUUGCUUUCCUUGCUCUGUAAUUGUUACAGAACACUCAUGUCACGCUCUGUAAUUGUUACAGAAAACUCGUGUCACGCUCUCAAUCAAUCGGAUGCAAAACUUAAACCAAUCACGACUUAGUCGCACACGUUUUCCCGCGCUUCAAGAAGUUUAGUUGGUUUUAUUUUGAGUUCUUAUUAGCUCUUUAAGGUAUUUCCUUUCUUCUGAUUGGCCGUUGCUAUAAUUUUAUUUAAGCUUUUGCAACACUGAAUCAAAAAGCGCCCUAAUGCGCAUGAUUUGUGACUUACUUUCGUCAGUGAACAAUGAUUUUUUUUUACGCUUAGCUAACACAGAGCAUUUCGAUUGCAUAUGUAAACCAGUUAAAAACGAAGUGAUUCUUACAGCCUGUGCGAGCAGAGGCUAACAUCUCAAGUAGCCGAUGAGAAUUUAGCGUAGAUACAAGCACUAAGCGCAGGAAAAUUUGAAUGAUGAAGUCUGGACUGAUUUCGUAUUGCAUUCGCUUGGUCGGGAAGAUGACGCAAGUUCUCAAGCCCGAACACACAGUUCAGUAAAGCAAAUCCAAAGCACUCCCAGAUUACUUUAGCCAAAAGUUUCCUCAUGUAGGCUAUUGCGUUUUAAAUGACCUCCACUUUUUCUUCGCUAUAUUUCAUGUUCUCCGCACUUUCCAUACGUUAAAAACAAAAGAACCUCAUAAAAACAGAGCUUUCGGUGGUUUGCACACCUACAAGAUUAGCCUAAGUUUAAAUUACCAUCCUUUUUUACCACAGCAAUAUCUUGGAAAUGAUUAUCAAUUAUUAAUUUACCAGACAUACAAAAAAUCAACUGCAGUCAUACAUAAAGGACUAUAUUUUGAAUUUAUCUGCUGAUGUCUAGUAUUUAUUUCCUGUGCACCGAUUUUUUUAAAACACAAAUAGCUUGAUUUUUUAAAUUUUAAUUCCCUCUAUUCUAUAAUAUAUUACAAAUGAGAGCUGGGGUACAACGCGAGGGUGUAUCAAAACGUAGGGUCUUACUCCAGAUUUAAAAUACAGAGAAGGAUUUUUACUCCGCUUGUUUUACUCUUUUUUUUCACCUGAUUGAGCGAAAAGUUGAUAGAUAAGGAGUUUUCGGUCAAGUUUCUUUUUGGAAAGUAUCUUUUUCAAUGCCCUGAGGGCGUCGUAUUUUUUGGGUUUCAUUUGAAACUGGGAAAUUUUGAAGAGGUUUGAAUUGUAGGUUUUAAAUUCCUUUUCCAUUCAUACGAUCACGCUACUUUACUUCCAGAGGACAACUCGUUCCCCACCCCUUCCCCACCCCCUCAGCAAUCUAAGGGUAGCACCUGUUUAAAUCUAAAAACCAAGGGGCGAUUAUUUAAACAAAAAGUUAUUUAGUUGAUCAGUGGACCUCAAAAUGUCCAUAUAAGGUCAUAUAAGUGAGUUGUUUUUAAGCAAAUAGAAAUGUUCUUGCGUAAAAUGCUUUUAAUGAACAUUUAUUCUAUAGUAUUCACCGAACCCGGGAAGAAUAAUAAUUGUUAUAGUAUAAAAUAAUUGCUCGGGUGAUUAUCAGAGCGAAAAUAAAUGCUUCUCGAGCAGGGUGAUUAGAAAACGGAUAUGACGUGAUUCUCGACUAAUUAGGGCGCUUGCAUUUUCAUAAUCACCUGAGCAACUAUUUGAUUACAAAAAGGGACUAAAGACAGAUGGUUAUUAAAUCUUUUUUUAAAGAGAGCUUCAUGAAACUUUUAUCCAAUACAGGGCCGUGGGAAUAAAAGAGUGGUAUCA